AUGUCUUCCGAGGUCGAAAGGCAUGGCCACCUCGACGCGACCGCGGGGCGUGAGGUAGUGUAUUGCCAUGCCUGCGCCAACGAGUGGUAUCGAGAUGAGAAUGGCCUGACCUGUCCCGAAUGCCAAGGGGAGAUUACGGAGAUUAUUGAUCCCGAAAAUGACCCUCGCGACUUUGAUCACCGUUCCUCAGCCUCCACUUCACCGGAACUUCGCCCUUACGAUUCGGACCCCGAAGAAGCCGACAUAGACGAACACACUAACCAGGGCUUUGUAUUUCGAAGAACCGUUCUAGAUGGUCCCGGUCACCAGCACCACCAUCAUGAACCUGCGUAUGGUCCCGUCCUUCAAAGCUUUGUGCACAUGCUCAAUGGGCUUGGUGCCCAGGUCCCCGGUAAUAACAGAUCCUUCCCUCGUGGACCCGGAGAACAUGGUGAACAUGAAGAACAAGGAGAGCAAAGACAUGGAGAUCACGGAGAUCACGGAGCUGCUGAGCAGAACUUUCCCCGCCCAUAUCGGACGACCUUUGCCGCACCUUUUGGUCAAGGAAGAGCCACCGUAACGGUGAUAUCUGGCCCCAUGCACGCAACACAGAAUGGGUCGCCAGGCCCCCCGUCAAUAGAAGCAUUCCAAGAGUACGCACAACCCCCUCCACAGCGCCCAGAGGGACCGAGGGGUCUACGGGUUACAGCCAUUUCCAUGACAGUGGGAGCUAACCAGCGCACCAGUAUAUUUACAAAUGCAUUGCGAGAUAUUGGACCACCACCCGGUCAUGAACACGCCGGAGGGGACGGUCUUAGUGGUCAUCCACCAGGCCUCCACCAAGGACUGCAUGAACUGCUGAACCUUUUCAUUCCUGGAAGCGCUGUGCAUGGUGACGCAGUGUACUCUCAAGAAGCUUUGGACCGGAUCAUAACUAGCCUGAUGGAGGCUAACCCCCAAUCUAACGCGGCGCCUCCAGCCACAGAAGAAGCUCUUCGGAAUUUGGAGCGCAAACCUGUUGACAAGCAGAUGUUGGGCUCGGAGGGCAAGGCGGAAUGUACCAUCUGUAUCGAUGAGAUGAAAGAGGGCGAUAUGGCUGCAUUCUUGCCUUGCAGCCAUUGGUUCCAUGAAGAAUGUGUUACGCUUUGGUUAAAGGAGCACAACACAUGCCCCAUCUGCCGGACGCCGAUCGAAAAGAACGACCGAAGCGCCAGUAACAGUGGUAACAACAACAGUGAUGGCGGCAGCCAAUCUCAAGGGCCAGCUCAAGGGCCAGCUCCAGGGCCCAGCUCUGACCGACCCAGCAUAUUCACAGCACGCACAUAUUCCACAUCAAACCCAGCUUGGGAGUCCUUUAACUGGACUUCCCAUGAUCAUGGCCACUCGCGCCCGGUGCGUUACUCACGGCCCCCCAGCCACGGUCAGAGCCGUCUUAACGAGGUAUUUCGAAAUAUCUCAACGCAGCGAGAAGAGAGAGAUCGAGAAAACGAGCGUGAGCGAGAUCGCGCCACAACAUCUGGGUUCAGUUACGACACUUCUCGACUUCAGCGCCGCAGCUCGCACUCACCCACAAGCCCCCGUGCGCGAGCUCCCAGUGAGCACGGGGCUAGUAUGAGACAAAGAAGUCCCUCCCAGAGCAGUCGACGAUCAACAGCUGAAUCGGAUCAACAAGCUCGAACUGGCGGCCACGGUCCCAUAAGCUGGCUCCGUGGCCAGUUCAGCAGAGGGCCAGGUACCGGAUCACCACGAGAUGGAAGACGGCAGUAG